CUCUUAUUUUGUCAGAAACCAAAACGAAAUGAGACUGGAAAAAAAAAAACAGAGAAGAAAAGAGCAGCCCUCAUGGGUGAUGAUGGUGGACUGGUGGUGGUCAUGCUGCUCAAGUGAACGGGAAUGGGAAUUUGCUAGAUUUGGAGUUUAUCCAGCUGGGUUUUCAGACUUUCGUUUUGACUCUCUCUUCUCUACUACAUUAUAUAUUUCUAAUUUGUUUCUUUUUCGGUAUGCGGAUUUUUUUUUUGGUUCAUUUCAUUUCCACAACUUUACCCAGUUAAUUAAUUAAUGCCAACCCCCUCUUUCCUUUUCAAUUUUGCUUUCACUUUACUGUUUCUCUCUCUUCGCUUCAACCUUUUCUUGCUUCGUUCUCCUUCCAUUCAUAUCUCUCUCUCUCUUUCUGAAUGUGUGCGACUCUGUGUGUGGUUUCCUCCAUUGCAAACCAAGCUUCCUUCCCUUUCCAGCCUUUUUUCUGAGAGCUCCGUCUCUCUUUCUCUCCCACAGACCCACCAACUAACUUUCCCAAUCGUAUUGCUUUUCGGCCCCCAUUUUCUCUCUAUUUUUUGGCCAUAUUUAUGUUGCUGCUGCAGCAGUCCCGUACCUUUUUCUUCUUCUUCUUCUUCUUCUUCUCCUUCUUCUUCUUUCUCCAUUGUACAAUAUUUGUCUAGCUUCUAAGAUUGGCAUUCCCUGUUCGUUUAUUUUCUGGCCUCUACCCCUUUCUCUCCGCACCUUAUUUGUGUCCCUUUGGCCCACAUUUUGGGUUGCUUUCCGAAAGACUCAUCUUUCUCUGAAACUGUGGUGGUGGGUUGCUAUUUACCAAAGGGAUUUCUGGGUUUUGGUGGGUUCGUGUUGGUCUUGAGGUCUGCAUUGGCCAAUCUAUGCUUAUUGAGCCUCACUUGCUUCAUAAAGGAGACGCCCUUUCUUUCCUCCUCUGGCUGCUCAAGGAAGAAGAUCAAGGGGGCUAGCUAUAUCCCACCUUCCGGAUUUCUUCACACGAGGUGGGAAUGUUCUAAUCUUUUUAUUGUCUGAAUUGGGAAGGUAUAGAGAAGGAUCAGCAAUGUCGUCUGAGAGUUUGAAUACUGAGUUGACCAAGAAGACAUCAAUUUUGGGUUUGAAACUCUAUGUGUUGAUCGGGAUAUCAGUAGGUGCAUUCAUAGUUUUGAUUCUUUGCGUCCUGUCAGUAUGGGCUUUUCGUAGGAGAUCUAGAAGAUCAAUGAAUCCCCUCUCUCAGAUACCAAAUGUUUCAAAAGAUAUUAGGGUUGACAGGGUUGGGGCUAAUCAGAGUUACAGUGAUCAGCCUGAUAGUCUAUUCCUCAAUAUCAAUGAUAAAUCAAGCGAUAAGAAUUCAGGUAAGAUGAUUGGUCACUUGGGGAUGAGCAAAUCAAGUGAUCCUGAUAACAUCAGUCAAUGCAGCUCAGUUUUUCAUCACGAGAAAGGAUUUAGCUCUCAAUCUGGGGAAGAAGGAAGCUCUGGGACCGUGAGGAAGCAAUCCUCAUAUCCAGGACUUGUGACAGCCUCACCCUUGGUUGGCUUACCAGAAUUCUCCCAUCUCGGGUGGGGUCAUUGGUUUACUCUUAGGGAUCUUGAGUUUGCCACAAAUCGUUUUGCCGCUGAGAAUGUGCUCGGCGAGGGUGGUUAUGGGGUUGUUUACAAGGGAAGACUGAUUAACGGAACUGAGGUUGCUGUGAAGAAAAUUCUCAACAAUGUGGGACAGGCAGAAAAGGAAUUCAGAGUUGAAGUGGAGGCCAUUGGUCAUGUGCGUCAUAAGAAUCUUGUUCGUCUUCUUGGAUAUUGUAUUGAAGGGGUUCACAGGAUGCUUGUGUAUGAAUAUGUGAACAAUGGAAACUUAGAGCAGUGGCUUCAUGGGGCGAUGCGCCAUCGCGGUAUACUCACUUGGGAGGCUAGAAUGAAAGUUCUUCUUGGGACUGCAAAGGCGCUUGCUUAUUUGCAUGAAGCCAUAGAGCCUAAAGUUGUACACCGUGACAUAAAAUCAAGCAAUAUCUUGAUUGAUGAUGAGUUUAAUUCCAAGGUUUCUGAUUUUGGGUUGGCAAAGCUCCUGGGUGCAGGAGAGAGUCACAUCACAACAAGAGUUAUGGGUACAUUUGGGUAUGCAAUUGAUUUCUUUCUCAUUUUCUUUGUGGAAUUCAGAUAUGUUGCACCAGAAUAUGCAAAUACUGGCUUGUUGAAUGAGAAGAGCGACAUUUAUAGCUUUGGGGUACUGCUGCUAGAAGCAGUCACAGGCAGAGAUCCUGUGGACUAUGGAAGGCCUGCUAAUGAGGUCAACCUUGUGGAGUGGCUUAAGAUGAUGGUAGGGACAAGGAGAGCUGACGAAGUUGUGGAUCCAAAUCUAGAAGUAAAACCUGCAACUCGUGCUCUAAAACGAGCUCUCUUGGUUGCACUUCGCUGUGUGGAUCCUGAUUCGGAAAAGAGACCGAAAAUGAGUCAGGUAGUGCGGAUGCUUGAAGCUGAAGAGUACCCUUUCCGUGAGGACCGUAGAAAUCGGAAGAGCCGAACAGCAAGCAUGGAAAUUGAAUCGAUGAAGGAAUCGGCAGAAUUUGAAAGCAAGGAAGGGGAGGAGUCAGCUGAGGGCGAGCUGGUAGUAUCUGAAAAAGUUAAAGGAUAGGUGGAUAACCAGCUGUGUGCACCAACAAAUGCUAAAGGGAAAGGGAAGGAGACUCAGGUUUCUCGCAGAUAUUGCAAGCUUUUGAAUAACUUACAUACCUGAUCAUACGAGAAGGUAUAAAAAGAAGGCUGGAAAAUGUGUGCUUUCCAUGGAAAUUGGCCACCCCAUACCCGGAAAGUUUUCCCGCAAGUGCAUUUUAUCAGUUGGGAUGCAUAUGAUACUAUGGACAACCGAGGAUUGCCUUGGCAUAUAUAUAUUAUUAUGAAGAAGAGAUGUUUGCAAGAUCGAACCUGGGUACCUUCAUGAUAUUCAUGUUGAUUUUCAGGCUGGUUUAUGUACAGGAGAGGGUUUUGGUCUCUGGUGAGUCUUCCAAAAAGGGUCUUAUUUGUUUUUGUUUUAUUUCAACUUUAAUGGAUGAAGUACUAUUCUGAUUCUAAUGCAGAGGUGUGGAAUAUCUAUUCUUUGGUUAUGGUCUUCCCUGGUUAUGCAGCAAUUUUGUUCCUAC